AUGGUAGACCUUAAGCAUAAUAACCAUUUAGAGGAUGUCCGGGGUGGAGGAGUUGAGGAUGGCGGUGGAGGAGGUGGUGAGGGUGGCGGCGGUGGUGGAGGUGGUGAGGGCGGCGGCGGUGGUGGAGGUGGUGGUGAGGGUGGCGGCGGUGGUGGAGGAGAUGAUGGUGAUGGUGGUGGUGCUGGUGGUGGAGAUUUUGGUUGUGGUGGUGGAGGUGAUGGAGAUGGAGGUGGUGGAGGGAAUAGUGAGGGAGUUGGUGGCGGUGGUGAUGAUUUUGGUGGUGGAGGUGAUGGAGAUGGUGGCGGUGGUGAUGAUUUUGGUAGUGUAGGAGAUGGAGAUGGUUGUGGUGGUGGUGGAGGGGAUAGUGAGGGAGUUGGUGGCGGUGGUGAUGAUUUUGGUGGUGGAGGUGAUGGAGAUUUUGGUGUUGGUGGUGGUGGAUAUUUUGGGGGUGGUGGAGAUUUUGGUGGUGGCGGUGGUGGUGGAGAUUUUAGCAGUGGAGGUGAAGGAGAUAGUGGUGGUGGUGGUGGAGAUUUUGGUGGAGGUAGUGGAAAUUUUGGCAAUGGAGGUAGUGGAAAUUUUAGUGGUCGUAGUGUUUUAAAAACUUCAGGCAGAGGUGAUGUGUGA